AUGGAAGUGGAGUUGUUGGAUCCCGACUUAGUUCAUGAGGCGAUUGAAAAAGUAAAUCUUAUUAUACAACGGCUGAAGACAGCUCAGAGUAGACAAAAGUCUUAUACAAACAUGAGGCAUAGGGAUUUGGAAUUUGCUGUUGGUGACAAGGUUUUCUUGAAAGUGUCACCUAUGAAGGGACUGUACAAACAUGAUCCUUCCCAUGUGUUGCACCAUGAAAAUAUUGAAAUUGAUGAGGCUCUAUCUUUUGAAGAAGAACCAGUUCAAAUUUUAGAUCGUCAAGUUAGAAGGUUCAGAACAAAGGAUGUAGCGUCACUUAAAGUGUUGUGGCGAAGCCAUAAUACUGAGGAAGCUACUUUGGAAGUAUAG